UAGCAAGGAUCGAUCCCAAUCCCCAUUUCCGAGCGAAACCCCACAUUUUACUCUCCUCGUAAUUGGAAAACAGAACUACCAAAGGAGGAUAUUCUUGCUUUAAAGCAAAAAUGGCGGAUGCGAAAUCCAUCUCUCAAUCCAUCGCCGCUCCUUCCCCUACCACAAGAGCCGAUGGAUUUGGCGGAUUCCUCCAAAUUCGUCGGCCAAAGCUUCGAGUGACUUCAGAGUUCGACAGCGUGACGUCCGUUUUCCUUCACAAGGUGUCGUGCAAAUUAUUGGAUAAGUUACCUAAAUUGAAGUUGACGUUUCACAACGACAGCAAAGGGCAAGUGUCCGUGCCCCAAGUAUCUUUUGUUUCCAAGUUCUUUUCGAUGCACUACGAUGUCGAAGAGAGCGAUGCUCUGCUCAAGACGUCCUUUGAAGUCGCGUCUGGAUUUCAAGUCAGAGCUGCCCAUCAAGUCAAGGCUCAACAAGGAGAGGUUUCCAUGGUGGCAGAUCUUGCUGGCCCUGCAUACACAGUUGAACUGUCGUCUGCUGUUCCAUCAGUUGGUUUGCCAAGAGCAACUUUUAAAGUUCCUAUAGGUGAAAUUUCAUUGGAGGAGAAAGAUGAUGAUGAAGCUGAGGAACAGAAGAAAACUUUAGGAGUGAGUGGAAUCCUUAAAGGUCACAUUCUGAAUGGAGUGUGCACUGCCCAAUACAAUGAGGAUACUAUGAAUUUAAGAUAUGCAUACAAGGAUGAGCAAAUGACAUUCAUUCCAAGUCUUUCUCUGCCUUCAAAUGCAUUAUCGUGCGUAUUUAAGCGAAGAUUCAGCUCUUCAGACAAAUUGAGCUAUUCAUACUACUUUGACACGGACAAUUGGAAUGCUGUCUACAAACAUACUGUUGGGAAGGAUUAUAAGUUCAAAGCUGGUUAUGAUUCUGAAGUUCGACUGGGUUGGGCAUCCAUCUGGGUUGGAGAUGAAGAAGGCAAGGCGAAAACAGCUCCCAUGAAGAUGAAGGUGCAGUUGAUGCUCCAAGUUCCCCAAGAUAACAUCAAAUCGUCAGCUUUGAUGUUCCGCGUGAAGAAGAGGUGGGAUAUAUAAGGGCCCAUUUGAUUGUCGGCUGUUGUUGUGGUGAUGAAGCUUGCGUCUUCCUGAUAAGGCUCUUUCUUCAAGAUACACAUUUCUUCUCCUAUAGUAAAAUAUUAUUGUGCUUGAACGACUGCCUGUCUGUUGGGAAGGAUCUACGAAAUGUACGUAGCAACUGUAGCCAAGCAAAACAAAUUAGCCCAACAUCCAUCAUCAUAUUGGCAGGUUUACUACCUCAUUCGCCCAUGGGAAGGUUUGUACUGUUUAUCUAGGUUUAGGGUCAGUUACUCUCUCUCUCACGCACACACAGCCCUUCUUAACUCAAGGGCAUCAGUUACUUACUAUCUAUGUUUCCCUCUCUCUGAAGUUUGGUGUUAGAGCAAUCCAACGGCCCGAUUGUGGAGGCCCUUGUUUUUUUA